CAUGAGAUCACUUAAAAGUCAAUUAGAUAUGAUAAGACCUGAAUAUUAUAAAUAAUAAGAACAAAUUUAUAAUUUGGAAAAGUAAUUAACUGGAUAUUAAAACAUUGAAAAAGACAUGAAAGAAUUAGAAUAAAUGCUACCAUAAAUUUCAACUUUCACAACUUUAUUUGUUGAACAUAAUGCUUAAAUAUUAGAAUUAUCAGACUUAAUAAACUUAGAAAAUAAUAUUAUUGAUAAAGUGCUAAAUAAAAAAGAUUUUCCAUUAAAUAAUUUAAUAUUGGGAAGGGAACCUAAAAAGGCAAAGUAAUACACAAAUGAUUUACCUUUUGAAUCCUCUUAACUUCUUGAUAAUUUAAUUAAGUAAACAAGAUUGCAAGUAAAUGCAUUAACUGAAAGAUUUAUUCAUGAAUUAUUAGUAUGA